UAAGACGAAGGCCUCCCGCCCCAUUGACUUGCCGGAGUAUAUACCGAAUUUGGGAUUCCGACAAACGAGGGAAAAGGUUCGCUGGGCUUUAUAAUGCGCCGCGCGGGGCCGUGCGUGGCAUCGGCGCAGCACCAGCUCUUCCGCCACCUGGUUCUCCGCUCUUCCGGCAGACCGCGGCCUAGCGCCGUCGCCAUGGCAACCGCAACCUUCCCAGGCCCGAUGGCCAUGGAGGAAGCUCUGAGCCGCGCCGUCCCGCCGCUGCCGCCUUACGAGACCCGGGAGAAAGUGGCCGCGCCAGCCGGGGCCGCCCUGGAGCAGCGCGGCGCGGAGUUCAUGCGCUACUACCGCGCCCUGGAGAGCGGCAGGCCGAGGGCCGAGCUGCUGAGCCGCCUGGCCCGCGACUUCGGCGUCGAGCACGGCCGGGUGGCCGAAGUGAGCGGGAAGGUGGCCCGGCUGCUGCAACAGCAGCAGCAGCAGCAGCAGGAGGCGGCUGGGGGGAAAGGGGAGCACGAACCCGGCGCCCUCCUGCAGGCCGAGGACCGGCUCCGCCACUACCUCACGCCGCGCUACCGGGGCCUCUUCCAGCACCUCGGCAGGCAGGAGGGCGGCCUCCGCUUCCUGGUGGAGCUCCGCAGGGACCUGCUCGAAGCCCUGGCGGCCAGGGAGGCCGAAGGGCCGCAUGUCAGGGAAAUGAAUGGAGUGUUAAAGAACAUGCUGUCAGAGUGGUUUUCCACAGGAUUCCUAAAUUUAGAUCGAGUUACAUGGCAGUCGCCUUGUGAGAUUCUUCAAAAGAUUAGCGAUAGUGAAGCUGUACAUCCUGUUAGAAACUGGGUGGACAUGAAACGACGUGUUGGAUCUUACAGAAGGUGCUAUUACUUUGCCCACUGUGCAAUACCUGGCGAGCCGUUGGUUGUUCUGCAUGUUGCACUUACAGACGAGAUAUCUAGCAGCAUCCAGGCCAUAGUGAAGGACAUUCCCCCCUUAGAAGUUGAGGAUCUGAACAAAAUCACCACUGCAAUUUUCUAUUCAAUCAGUUUGACUCAGCAGGGCCUGCAGGGUGUGGAGCUGGGGACGUACCUCAUCAAGCGAGUUGUUAAGGAACUGCAGGUGGAAUUUCCUCAGAUCAAAGUCUUCUCUACUCUGUCUCCCAUUCCGGGAUUCACCAAAUGGUUCCUGGGCCUUCUUUCUUCACAGUCCAAGGAGACAGACAGAUGUGAUCCUUUCACAGAUCCUGAAUAUCAAGAAAUAUCUGAGAUCACAGGAGACCCUGCUGUUGAAAUUCUAAAACGCCUCUUAGCAAACAAUGAGUGGGUGAGGUCGGAAAGACUGGUCCGAGCUUUACAGCAACCACUUAUGAGACUGUGUGCCUGGUAUCUGUAUGGAGAGAAGCACCGUGGCUAUGCCCUUAACCCUGUGGCAAACUUCCAUCUUCAGAACGGUGCAGUGUUAUGGCGUUUGAACUGGAUGGCCGACACAAGCCCCCGUGGCAUCACUGCCUCUUGCGGAAUGAUGGUCAACUAUCGCUAUUUUUUGGAGGACACUAUGAGUAACAGUGCUGCAUAUCUUGGAACUAAACAGAUUAAAGCCUCAGAGCAGGUUCUAUCCUUAGUAACUCAGUUUCAGCAGAACAGCAAACUUUAAAUAAAUGAAGCAGCUU